GGCGGGACCGGGGCGUGGCGGAGGAGCCGCCGCCACCGCCCGGGCCGCGGUCAUGUCGGAGGAGGCGAGCGCCCUGCCCUGGUCCAUCAAUCGGGACGACUACGAGCUCCAGGAGGUGAUCGGGAGCGGAGCAACCGCUGUGGUCCAAGCCGCCUACUGUGUCCCCAAGAAGGAGAAAGUGGCCAUCAAACGCAUCAACUUGGAGAAAUGCCAGACCAGCAUGGAUGAGCUCUUGAAAGAAAUCCAAGCCAUGAGCCAGUGCCAUCACCCCAACAUCGUGUCUUACUACACCUCCUUCGUGGUCAAGGAUGAGCUCUGGCUGGUCAUGAGGCUGCUCAGCGGAGGGUCCGUCCUGGACAUAAUCAAACACAUCGUGGCUAAAGGGGAGCACCGGAAUGGAGUCUUGGAUGAGGCCAGCAUCGCCACUGUCCUCAAGGAGGUGCUGGAGGGGCUGGAGUACCUGCACAAGAACGGCCAGAUCCACAGAGACGUGAAGGCUGGCAAUAUCCUCCUCGGUGAGGAUGGCUCAGUGCAGAUUGCAGACUUUGGGGUCAGUGCCUUCCUAGCAACUGGUGGGGAUAUCACCCGGAACAAAGUGAGGAAGACUUUUGUGGGCACGCCCUGCUGGAUGGCCCCUGAGGUCAUGGAACAGGUGCGUGGCUACGAUUUCAAGGCAGACAUCUGGAGUUUCGGGAUCACUGCCAUCGAGCUGGCCACGGGGGCGGCUCCGUAUCACAAGUACCCACCGAUGAAGGUCCUGAUGCUAACCCUUCAGAAUGACCCUCCAUCUCUGGAAACGGGGGUGCAGGACAAAGAAAUGCUGAAGAAGUAUGGGAAAUCAUUUCGGAAAAUGAUCGCAUUGUGCCUCCAGAAAGACCCUGAGAAAAGGCCAACAGCCGCCGAACUGUUGAGACAUAAAUUUUUCCAGAAAGCUAAGAAUAAGGAAUUCCUACAAGAAAAGAUGUUGCAGAGAGCACCCACCAUCACAGAAAGAGCCAAAAAGGUGCGCCGGGUGCCCGGCUCCAGCGGGCGCCUGCAUAAGACAGAAGAUGGUGGCUGGGAGUGGAGUGACGACGAGUUUGAUGAACAAAGUGAGGAGGGGAAGGCAGCUAUCUCACAGCUGCGGUCCCCUCGAGUGAAAGAGUCAAGUCAGAAUUCAGAGUUGUUCCCAGUGUCCAAUACUGCGGGCUCUUUACUCCAAGUGCCUGGGCCACAUCCAUGUCACCUACCUCAACCAGCUGGACAGACUCCUCCCCAGACAUUGCAGGUCACCGUCCCGGCCCCACCUCUGGCUCCCGCAGUGGCUGCCCCCGCAGCAGCCCCCGGACAGGCCACAGUUUCAGGUCCUCCGGAAGCAGCAGAACCCAAGAUUCCUAUCAGCCUAGUUCUCCGGUUGCGGAACUCCAAGAAAGAGCUGAAUGACAUUCGCUUUGAGUUUACUCCAGGAAGAGACACAGCAGACGGUGUCUCCCAGGAGCUCAUCUCUGCCGGUCUGGUGGAUGGUCGAGAUCUCGUGAUUGUGGCUGCAAAUUUGCAGAAAAUUGUGGGAGACCCUCAGACAAGUCGCUCUGUCACCUUCAAGCUGGCUUCGGGUGUCGAGGGCUCAGAGAUCCCGGACGAUGGGAAACUGAUUGGAUUUGCACAGCUCAGUAUCAGCUGAAACCCGGGGCCGCUUUCCUGCUCUUCCCUUCUCCCUCCCUCCUCCCCUUCCCCUCCCCCACCCCAACCAGAGGAAUCCCCACCACUCCUGCAGCUUCUGUUGGCCUCCAACCACUACUGCCAAAGAGUCCCUCAGUCACCGGCCGCUGCCCCGGCAUGCCGACCCUCCAGCCUUUGGAUUGUUUACCAUUUAUCAGCGGUGGCUCACACGUGUUCCCUCUCCCCAACAGGCAGCCCUCACUGUGGAACCUGGGGACGGGGGCUGUCUAACCUAGCCAGUACUACUGAGUGGAUGUGCAUCCCCCUAGAGGCCCUCCCGUUACCCUCAAUGGGGAGCGGAGACCUGGGGGCCCCAAGUAAGUGAGGAAAUAGUGGGGGCUGCUGUCGGAGGUGGUAGAGUGCUCCUUCCCUCCCUAACCCUUGCCAGCCAGGAAGGAAUUGUCCUCAGUGCCAUGAUCCCCAUUGCCUCCAGGCCAAAUUCUAGAGGGUGGGGUAGGCUGAGAGAAUUCGGGCCUGGUCAAAGUCAACAAGGCAACCCCUGCUCCUCCCUCCUCCUCAUCCGCUAAGUGCCCUCUCACUUCUGGGAGCCUUCGUUAGAAAACCCCCUUCUAGUCCUCUUGCCUCCUCACUCCACUUCUUUAAUCUCCCCUGUUUCCUGAUCCUCUCCCAUCCCCUCCCCUCCUCCCCCUCCCCAAGGGUGUCAGAAGGGGCCAGUCUGUGGCAACCACAGCAAUAAGGGUCCCGGGGCAGGCAGUCAUGGGCAGACCCUGGCUGUUGUGCUGGAAUUUGGCCUGACUGAUCUCAGCUGUCGGCUGGGGUCUGGGCUAGCCACUGCAGCCCAGGCCUUGGGCUCUUCCCAUAGGCCCUGCUGUUCGUCGGGAUUUCUACGGGAAUAAUAUAAAUUAUUCAUGAGUCUUGAGAGCAACACUUGUAAUGCAAUAUGUGAAUAAUAAAUGGUGUUGAUUUUUUU